AUGAAGCUCUCCCUUAAUCUUCAAGAUGACCACCAAAACCAAAACCCUCUUUUGAAAACCAAACUACCCAUUUCAAUAUUCAAUCAACCAUUCACUUCUAUCUUCACUACCACCACAACAAACUCCAUUUCUGACCUCACUGUUGCUCUCUCUACAAACUUCCCUUCAGGCCCUUCUCUAAAGCUCACCUACACUCCAUCCACAACAACAACAGCCGUUUCUCCUUUUUCUCUUGCUCUUAAAUCAGGUUUAGGCCUUUUCGGCUCUCCGCACAAUUCCCCUCUUGUUUUCUCUGCUCAUUUUUCUUUCUCUAAUUCAAGCCCCAAUGUGAUUGUACCUACUUUCUCUCUCCAAUUCAAGCCCCAAUUUGGCAAUUUCUCUCUCUACAAAAGAACCGCCACUCCAUCUUCUAACCUUGACUAUGAUCCUCCUAAUUGUGGUUCCCACACUACGAAUGGGCCCCGUUUGGAAUCUGGGUCACCUUCAAAAUCUGAACUCGGAACUUGGUUUGCCUCAGAUGGGUCAUCCGGUUGGCAGGAAUUGAAAUUGGAGGCAUCUGAUGAUAAAGGGAAAGAGGGGUUUGCAAACAGUAAUUACGUGGAUGGUGUUUAUGUUGAUAAUAAUGGAAUUGGGUUUUUGCCGGAAAGGCAAUUGGUUUGGAAUGAUGGAAAGAGAAAAGGGUUUUCUAGUGGAGUUGGUGUAAAGGCAAAAACAGUGUUGCCAUUGACUAAAAGGGUAGUGAUGAAUUUGAGGUGGGCUGUGAAUUUGCCUGGUGACUUGGGAAUAAAAAGGCCUUAUUUGAUAGUGAAUAAGAUUGGGAUUGAGAGGGUUGAGGAGUUAAAGGAAGUGAAGAAGGAAAACAGCAAUGAGAGUAAUGUGGGCGAUCUAGAGUUGUUAAAAGGAAUGUGUUUUUGGAUGAGAAGGGAUUUGGAGGUGUUAGAGAAGGAAAAUAGGGAGAUGAAGCAAUAUUUGGAGGACAUGAGAUUGGGAGUUUCAGCGAGGAAUUCCCGGAGAGAGAUUAAUGGUCUUGUUAAGAGAGUGGUGCCAGCUUCAAGUGGUAAUCUUGGUGAGUUUGAGCAGUGGAGGAGCAAGAAAAAUGAUGGAGGUGGAAGUGAGCAAAGAGAAUCAAAGAAGCCUGCGAAUAAGGCGACUGACUUGGAAAGUGAGUUACAAAAGGCUAUUAAAGCUGCUUCCUCGUAA